UCCGCAUUUUCAUUGUCUCCUCCCUUACCUCUCGAGCUGAUCCACUGCUCUACUCCCCCAUUAGAUACCGUAACGUUAUCAAUAGCUAGCCACCACCAUCAAAUAGCUAAAUAUGGACGAUUUUGACAUGCUCAGCGCACCACAGGCUGCGGCCGGCAAUGGGACGGACGAAGACCCCGCUGCCGCAUUCUUGGCCCAGCAAGAAAGCGAGAUCGCGGGGAUUGAGAAUGACGAAGGAUUCAGCAUCCUGGACAGUGGAGAGGUUCCAACGUCGCUAGACAAUAAUCUGACAGGCGAUGCAAACGAUGCAGUGGACGGUGCUGUCAAUGGAGACCUUAAUGAGGAGAGCAAUGGCCCGUCUGAUGCAUACUCCGCCAUCUCCAGUGCCGACCGGCUGCAGGCUGAGCCAGAGAGCCUGCGUAAAUGGAGGGAGGAGCAGAGGGAGAGGCUGGAGGUCCUAGACGCUAACUCUCGUAAGCAGGAGUCUGAGUGGAAGGACAAGGCCAAGGUAGAGCUAGAGGAGUGGCACACUAGACAGGAUGAGCAGCUGGAGAAGACUAAAGUGAAUAACAGGGUUCUGGAUGAGGAUUUCUACAAACAGCCCUUCUCUGACCUGAUUGGUUAUGUCACACACAUUAACCAUCCUUGCUACCGCCUAGACCAAGCGGCCGAGGAGGCCAUGCUGUCGGACAUGGACGAGAACAACCCGGGCACCGAGUGGGAGCGCGUGGCGCGCCUCUGCGACUUCAACCCAAAGUCCAGCAAGCAGGCAAAAGACGUGUCCCGCAUGCGCUCUGUCCUCAUCUCCCUCAAGCAGGCCCCUCUGGUCCGCUAACCCCCCCCUUCGCUCUGUUAGAUGUCUCAAUUCAGUCCCUACCACUCCCCUUCGCACUAACCAUUCAUUCAGCGUUUGCAGAUCUGAAGGCUCUGGAUGCGUAAAUGCAGUGUCUUGGUGGAGCUUCCACGAUCCACCAUGUCGCAUUUCACCUUAGAGAUCUGUUAACGUUGAGGGGCCGAGGGGAAAGGGGGUGAAUUGAGACGGCUGUAUCUCUACCCUAACCCUCUCUGGACCCAGAUUGCAACCAACCUCUCAUAGGGCAAUGUAUCAUUCCCCCCUACCUAUCUACCUACCUGAGGUCGUCGUUGUUCAUGGAUUGAUAUUAUUCCUCUCUUCCAUCUCCCUUUCCAUCAUUAAAGAACAAAAUAAGUAUA